AUGAUAACUGAAAAACAGGAGGAUAGAGAUUCUCAGUUGAUGGAUGAUAGAGAUUUGGUUUUUUGCAUUUUUGCUAAAUAUGGUGCUCAACCCUCUCCUAUUGGGGAAGACUGGGCUCAAGAGAAUUGGAAAGAUUUGUGGAGUACAAUGGACUGGAUUUCGUUAUUGCAGAAUGAGGCUAACGUUAAGCAAAAAAAACAGGCAAUAGUCUGCUCUGUCUUGGGUGCCAGCUUGGUCACAGCCAUUAAAGACCAUUUUAGGCAGCGUAGUGAUGAAGAACAAAUCGUAGAAUCCUUAGAAACCCUGGGGAAUUGUCACCAAGUAACAAUUUCCAAUUUGGAAAGGGAAUUAGAGCGUAAGGAAGAAGAAACCCAUUCAUUAAGGGUUGCUCUUGAAGUAAAUCAUGUUAACGGUACUACUAAUUCAAAGAACACUAGUUCAAAGGAUACAGUAUCAUCGGGAUCUGAGGAAAAGGUUAUCCAUCAAAUUAACCCAAUAUAUCCACAAAAGGAAUUGGAAGAGAUGAGAAACUUUGAUAAAAAUCCCCCUCACCUGAGACUCUCAAUCAAAACUAAAUAUUCUUAUCUUAACAACAAAGAAACAGACCCCCACUUAACCGCCAAGGAAACACUCUAUUCUGCCACUGAACUGGAAAAGUUGAAAAAGGAAUACGGGCAUCUUAUCAAAGAAUCUGAAACAGAAUAUGUGUGGCGUGUGUCUUUAACUGGUGGUAACCAAAUUCAAUUGAGCAAAAAGGAGGCUGAGGGUUCUUGGGGCCACAGAGUUUUCUUAACAACAGGCGAUCACCGGCCCUCAUGGUCCUUAACUCAACGUGCUGCUUACUGGGCUGGAGGGUUAAACCCUUUGAAUAGGGAAGACCCCUUUGCAAUAACAGGCACAGCUGACCAAUUACUGGAAAGCAUGCACAAAGCUGCUUGCAUACAAAAGAUACACGAGAGAAAAUUAAUUCCCAGAUGUGAAUCACCAAUGAUGUUGCCUGUUAACCCUGAAAUUAUGACUCCCCUGAUAAGGGGACUCCCCGAGUCACUUAAAUCCACGGGGAUAAGUCUCCAGAGAACCAUAGCGUCAGUGGGUCCUGUGGAGAGGUUGGAGGCCCUGCUAGGUAACAGACCACACGCUAGACCUAAAGUCUGGACAUGGGAGGAGGUAGCACAAGACUUAAUUGAUUACAGUAGAAAAUACUGUCCUGUGAAGCCUUUGAGGAAAGAUCAAGGGGCAUCUAACAUGUAG